AUGCCUAGGCAAAGGAACACCACCGGCUGGUCGUACAACAACGCAGCCGAGUCGUCCAAGUCCGGCGCAAGAGGACCCGCCUCUCGAGUGACCGGAGCUGGCAAAAAGGCAACCGCGCAGAAGAAUCAGCUCUACUCGAAGCCGAUCCCAGUCGCACUCGACGUCACGAGCCCUGACGCCGCUGUAAGUAGCAAAGCACAGGACACGCUAUGGUCGUCGCUCUGUUCGCUUUUGACACUAGGCUACUACGCAUCGUCCAGCGCCUCUAGCAGCCCCGUCCAGAAGAGCCACAAGGGCAAGGAAAAGGUCUCGGUCUUCUACGAUCGCCAACUGCAGACCGUCUGGGUCGAAGAUCUGGAUGAAGGCAUCCGACUGCUAUGGCAACGUGGCUUCUUCGGCAAAGGCAAUCUCUCGCGCUCCGAACCGACGUGGCGCCAGCGCAAGGUCAACGAAAUCGAUGCGUUGCGCAAAGGUCGAAUGACCGCCGAGCAGCUUACACAGCAGAGGAGAGAGGAGAGAAAGGCGCUCAAGAUUGAGCGAGCGAGAGCAGCGGUACGAGCAGGUCAGCAGCUGCCUGAUGGUAUCUUGGCGCUGGGAGGAGAGGUGACGGAGGCGGACCGCGCGCCUGGUGCAUCGCACGAUCGAUUGAUGGCGGAUAUUGAGAGGCAGGUGGAGGAGCAGCUGGAUGGCGAAGACGCGGAAGAGCAGGAAGGGCCAGAGUCGACAGCCGCAGCGAAGACAGGAGGCAUGAAUGAGCUAUGGACGGGUCAAGAAGAGGUGCCGGACAUCGUGCCUGGCGUGGCCCGCAUCAAGGGUCUCAAGUACUUUGCGGAAGAAGUCAAGGCUACGCAGGCGCGCAAGUCGGCCAGCACGACUGCAACACAGCAGGACGACGAGAAGAUGCUGCUGGACGAGGACACCGACGACACAGCAGAUAUCGAUGUGGUCGACGUGGAGCGCAUGCAGCUUUCGCUGGUGGAAGCGUUCUUCCUUUCGUCCAUGUUUGGCUGCCUCGACAUGGUCACCGCCGAGAAUGGGAGCGUCACCCUGCCGCUCAGCCUCGACGACUUCUACACGGCCUGCCUGCAAUCGAGCUUGCCGCACGCCCUGCUGGAUCUUCGUAACCGCGGACUCGCCGAACGACAUCUCGAAUCGCUCUACGCUCGACCCGACAACCCGUUCCUGAUCAACUACGUCGCCUACCACCACUUUCGCUCGCUCGGCUGGGUGGUCAAGACGGGCAUCAAGUUCUGCGCCGAUCUGCUGCUCUACAAGCGCGGACCUGUCUUUUCGCAUGCCGAAUUUGCGGUGGUCAUCAUCCCUUCGUACGAAGAUCCCGCCGACGAGAAGUCGAGCCCGUUCGCACCGCAUCCCAACGCGGGCCGCAAGGACUGGACGUGGUUCAGCACGGUGAACCGUGUGCAGAGCCAGGUGCUCAAGACGCUCAUUCUGGCGCACGUCUUUGUGCCUUCGCUGAAGCGAUGUCCGCUCGAAAAGCUCACGACGCCAGAGACGUUCUUCGAGUCGCUGCGCAAGGGAGAGAGCUACGCGGUCAAGGAGGUGGCCAUUCGACGAUGGGUUCCGGCAAGGAUGAAGCCGUGA